AUGGCUUCUGCGGAGCAUUCACUGCUCCCCCCUCGCCGCCGGGACCUGUGUAGCCGCUCCAUCUGGCUAGCACGGAAGAUCCGUUCAGACCUGACUGCUCUGGUGGACUCUUACAUGAAGCACCAGGGGCUGAACGGGAACGUGAACCUGGACUCCCUGGAAGGUGUGCCGCCGGCCAGCUCCAGCAGAUGGGGCGAGCUGACCGAGGCGGAGCGGCUGCAGGAGAACCUCCAGGCCUACCGCGCCUUCCACGGGAUGUUGGCCCGGCUGCUGGAAGACCAGCGGGCGCACUUCACCCCAGCGGAAGACGACUUCCACCAGGCCAUCCACACCGUCCUCCUCCAGGUGGCCGCCUUCGCGUACCAGCUGGAAGAGCUGAUGGCGCUGCUGGAGCACCGGGUGCCCCCCAGCGAGGCCGGCGGGCCGCCCCUUCUCGCUGGGGAGGCUGGGCUCUUUGAGAAGAAGCUGUGGGGCCUCAAGGUGCUGCGGGAGCUUUCUCAGUGGACGGUGAGGUCCGUGCACGACCUGCGGGCCAUCUCCCGACAAAGUGGGGUCCCCGCGCGUGGGGGCCGUUCUGCCACCAAGGACAAGAGAACGUGCCCGCUGAUGCCCUUGAGUGCGGGCCUGGGCACAGCGCCCACCGGGUUGCCUCAGCCCGCUGCAGUCAGCACCGCAGUGGCCGACAGGCCCCGCAGCCCAGACCUCCCUGAGCGGCGUGUAGGGCGCUGCUUGGGUGAAAAAGGCCAAACCCUGCACCAGCCGCCCUCUGGCGUCAGUCACGCGGAGGGCGACCCCGAGUCAGCCAGGCCCGGCGGCCUGAUGGGUCUGCGUCCCGCGCCCCGGGACCGAGCGUGCACAGCGCUCGGGCCAGGCUCCCGCGCGCAGGGAAGGCGGGUGCGCGUCAGACCGGGACUGGACUGCAGUCUGAGCUGCGUGUAA